UGCGAAUAUCGCAGGGGACUGUCAAUUGACUGACACAUUAUUCGCAGUCUAUUGCUUUCUUCGUGAUAACUUUUAGUUGGUUCUGACCUGUUCUCGACAUCGCCUGCUUGGGUCUUCAAGUUAAAAAUAAAACACUCAAAGUAGAGAGAAGAACCUGGCCAGACAACUUAGUUCACUCAGAGAAGGAGGGUUAGACUAAAUUUCUGUCUAUUAGCAACAGCUUCUCAAAUAUUUGUGUCUUAGAAGACAAUACUACAAUGGAAUCGGCUGAACAGCAUUUAGAGGCUUGUGGAGAAAGUGAAGAUGCCAACUCAACCUGUGAGGAAGAACGAAUCCGCAAACUCUUUCAGGCUUGUGACUGUGAUGGUGAUGGUUUCAUAGACAGUCAAGAUUUGCUAUCAGUAUGUCGUGAACUCAACCUGGAGGAUUCAUUGGACGAAUUAAUGCGAGAGCUUGGAGCUGAUGAAAAUGGCAGAAUAUCUUAUCAAGAAUUUCUUCGACGUCGCAUUGCUCUGCGGCCGGAAAUUGAUGCUUUGCGUAGUAGCAGCACUUCUAAUACCAGGCAUCAAUGCACUGAAUACCUGCCUACCAGCAGUGACAACAGUCUUGGUGCUACUUCUGCGGGAAAGCAUGAGAGCUGGGAAUUUGACAGUGGGGCCCGUGAUCUCAGCCCUGAGCCACACUCUUUACAGAAGCUAGUCGCAGCUGCAGGUGGAAGCACCUCAUCUGGAAAUCUCCUACAACUGGCUAAUAAGCUGCAUCUAGCGGCAUUGACCUCCCUCAAGAGCGACAUUCUAGACCUCACUGAACGCUUACACGCUGCUUCACAAGAGAGGGACUUGCUGGAAACAGCCUUGACUAAGACAGAGGUGGAACGUCUGAGACUGGAGGGUGAUGCAGAGGUGCAGGCUCACCGCAUCACAGAGCUCCACAGUGUCAUUGCAGAGCUGAGCCGCAAACUGGACCGCCAGCGGAGCGCAGUCAUCGCGGAGGAGAACGACCAGGAGCAGGACCGUGACGACGGUCAGGGUGACGGCCACGAUGGGAUGCCCACCACCAGCCUCCUGGAUGAUGAAGUCGUCAUCGAACCAGAGGCAGACUGCUCAGAUUUUGAAGAGGGAGCCAUUCAGCGAGACAUUACCAAUGCUGAUGAGUCAGAAGGGCAAGAUGUUGAGCAAACGAUUGAUGAUGUGGUUUCAAACAACAGCUCUGAUAGCGAGCUAGGCCAUCCACUACAAGUCAAAAGAAAUGCCCUGAAUAGAGGUGCCUCUCUCUCAUGUCGCAGUUUAGAGCUUGCUGCUUUGAGGGAAGAACUUAUCCACAUUCGAGCUGAAAAUUCAACUCUUGCAGAUCAGCUGACUAGGCAGAAUGCUGAACUUGCUCGUGCCCAGGCUCUUCGGCGUGAGAGAGAUAGACUAAAGCGCAAGUUAAAGGAUUUGGAAUGCCGUUUCAACGAAAGUGACGGCGUGGACCACAUUCCACAACCCUCCUCACUGUCUUCAAUAGCACCCUGUUCAUCUAGUAUACCAGGCUCUCCUAGCCAUGGAGCAGCACUUCCAGGUGUGCCACGAGACUCGGAUAUUCCUGUGCUGAAAGUUGCAGAAAGAGUACGAUUAAAACGUAUGGACCAACCAAUAACAGGCCCAGAAAUAGCAUCAGUAGGUGUGUCCACAACACAAAUGGCGGAGCACCUGGUUUCUGCCCUGGCUGAGGAGUCAGACUUGUUGGAGCUUGGUCGCCAUGGUCAUGAUGAACAGGCUCGCCAGCAGUUGGAUAUAGAGAUAGAAAGACUCCACUCACGAUUGGAGCACUCGCGUGCUCAUAAUAAUGUUCUGUCCCUUUCUCUUGAGGAGUGUAAAAACCAAAGUGAUAAGCUGCAUUUGCUAGUUGGAAAAUAUGAAUCCAAUGCAAUUGCACUACGCUUGGCACUAGGGUAUGCUGACAGAGCAACAGCUGCCUAUGAUUGUCUCGUGGCCCUACUUGAAAGUGAAUUGGCAUUGAUUCUCAGAGGUGCAUCAGCGAGUAAAGAUGAGGUUGACGACAGACGAUCUGCUGAGAGAGCAGCAUGGAGUCUUCUAGAAGCAGAACAAUAUGGAAGGUGCACAAAAGAGGGGGAUUGGGGUCCAGGAGAUGAGCAGAGGCUGAGAGAACUUAUAUCUAGGCUAAAAAUGGAUCGAAGUAGAGUUUGUGACACAAUUGUUGAACUUGAGAGCGUGCAUGCUGAAGCUCUCAGCACAAGGGUGCCUGUUUCUCUGACUGAGGCACGAAAACUUGAUUUAGAAACUGCUGUGUUGAUGCAGGAACUAAUGGCAAUGAGAGAGGACAAGGCAGAGCUACGAGCACGUCUGUAUCUUUUGGAAAAAGAACGUGCUGCUCUUGAACUACGUUUGAGUAGCCAGGACACCCAGAGACAAGCCCAAGCAGCAUCAAUAAUGCACUUGCAAUCUCAAUUGCAAGAAUUGGAGGUUCAUAGCAGGGACACAACCUGUGGGAAUGAAGGUGAUGCACAGGAAACAGAACUGACAGCAGCUCUAAGAAGAGAAAGCCAUUUGAAGAGUAGAGUUCAUGAGCUGGUAGACACUUUAGAUAAAGUCAGUCGAAAUUCUGAGCAAAGGCACUUGCAGUCUGCAGAGUUAGUAAAUGACUUAAAGCGAGCAAACAGCACACUUGUACAGACUCUAGAAAAAUCAAAGAAAAAGUACCAAUCAAGGUUGAAAAAGCUGGAACAGCAGAUGUUGUCAAUGGUUGAACGUCACUCUUGUCAGGUGCGGACACUCAAACAAAGAAUAGUAGCAUUGGAACAGGAGACAAAAUCCAACAUUUCUCAGCCAGCACCAGCAGGCCCUGAUCCUCAUGCCACUCCCAGUGAAACAACUCUGUGAUUUUAUAUGGCAUUUUAUUUUCAAAAAUCAAUGUAAGAUUGACCAAGAAUGAUUAGAGGUGACCCAACUUAUAAUUGGAAUAAUUUAUGCAAGUUUGCAUGAUUGAACUGGAAUUUUCUCCUUCAUUGUAUACGUGAUUUUCAUUGAGAUACAUUAUUAUGACUGUCUCAAAUUAAACCCAAAUUGUAAAAGUAGAUUUAGCAAGAAAUAAAUCUAAUAAUCAAGUUGUCAUAAAAGGGAUUUCAUGUUU